AUGUCUGCAGGCCGGCUGUCUUCCAAUAAAGCAAGGUGGGAAGAUGUGUCAUCACGCGGUGGUGGUAAGUGGGUGUUAACCAUUGACCCAAAACGGCGUAAACGUGAUCUCGAUGGCUAUUGGCUUCAUCUGAUGUUGCUACUUAUUGGAAAUGCUUUCGGUAGUGAUCUAAGUGCAUUUAUUAAUGGUGUUGUUGUAUCAUUACGUGUCAAAGGUGAUCGAUUAGCCUUAUGGCUAAAGAAGACUGAAGAUUUUCAUUUAAUUGAAAUUAUUGGUAUGAAAUUCAAAGAUCUGCUUAAUAUUCCAUCGGAUAUACAAAUUGUCUACGAAUACCAUGAGGCAAAAUUCGAUGAAUAUAAUAAUGAAAUUCGUCUUAUCAUUUAA